AUGUCAUAUACACAUAUUGAAGAUUUAUCAAAUGAAAUUUUUUAUGAAAUAUUUGAAUUUAUUGAUUAUUAUGAUUUAUACAAUGCAUUUUCUAAUCUAAAUAAUCGUUUUCAAAAUCUUUUCAAUUAUCCAUAUCUUUCAUUAAGCACAAAUAUUGAACAUACAUCAGCAUCUGAAGUUGAAAAAUAUUAUACACAAUUUAUAACUCCAAAUAAACAUCGAAUUGUUUCACUUUAUUUCAACGAUCGUUUAUAUAUUAAUAGCUCCCCUUCAUCCUAUAUUAUCGAUUCAUCAUUUAAUCGUCUUCAAUCACUUAAUUUUAAUCGAGUUCAACAUAAACAAUUUCUUUCAUUACUUCCAACUUUAAUGUCUCUACCUCAUCUCUCUUCAAUCAUCGUUCAUUUUAAUGAUAAUAUAGUAAAUCUUACUGAAAUCUAUCGUCUAAUAUUUCAAUUACCAUUCUUAAAUAAACUUGAACUUUUAGCUAAAGGAUAUUCCUUAACAAUGUCAUUACCACUUAAUGAAUUAGAACAACAUAGUCAUAUUAAACAUUUAAUAAUUAAUCACGCUUGUAGUCUUACGGAACUUAUCAAUUUACUUUCGUAUACACCAUUACUCGUUCAUUUAACUUGUAUGGAAUUAUGUAAACAAGAUCAAUAUAUUGAAAAGAUUACAUCAUUAAAAAUAUUUAAUUUAACUUCUAUUACAUUUCAUAUGUGUAAUGUAGAAUUUUCUAAUUUGGAAAUUUUUAUUCAAAAUAUAGGUAAACAACUUCGUGUUUUAUGUAUUAAUACAUCUCAAGAUAUUGCUUAUAUGAAUGCUACUCGAUGGGAACAGCUCAUUUCUAAGUAUAUACCAAAUUUACGUGUACUCAAAUUUGGAUAUGAUGAAUAUCAUUAUCAGAAUAUUGAAUUAGCUUCACAUCAUACUUUACUCAAUCAAUUUACUUCAUCAUUUUGGAUCAAUCGAGGAUGGUUCUUUCAAAUAACAGUUGAUAUCGAUUAUUGGCCACCUAUUAAAGUUACCUAUUCUAUUUCUCCUAACAGGUAUACGAGAAAAUCUUCUGACAGUAAAUAUAUUUAUGUUCGUUUUAGACCAAGUUGGUGUCAUAUGUAUGAAGAACCUGAUAAUAUAAAACUAACAGUUGAUCGUCUUUAUUUUGCUGCAUCUCGAGAAUAUUUAGUUGAUAAAAUCUUUUCAUUUAUUAGCACAUUUCAUAUAACACAUCUGACUAUUGAUUGUGAAAAGUUCGCGUAUAUAAAAUUUAUUCAACUUCUAUCUAUGUUACCAAAUCUUAAUUCAUUAAAAAUAAUGUCAUUAUCUUAUUUCAAAUUGAAAUGUGCAGUAAAUCAAUCAUGUUUAAUGAAUAAUAAAAUCAUAACAUUAGAAUUUCAAAGUUUUAUUGAAAAUAUUGAUUUAGAAAAAAUUCAAUUUUUUAUUGAUCUUUGUCCUCAGAUGAAAUAUUUACAAGUUAAAUGUGAACAUACGUUUAAUAUUGAAUCAAUUCUACGAUAUAUUUUACUAAAAAAUAAUACUAAAUUCAAUUUCUUUUGUUUAUGGGUUCCAAUAACAAAUGAUAUUAUGAUUAAACAAUUGCAAAUAAUGAUUAAUCAUGAAAAACUUCUUAUUCAAAAUUAUAAAAUUAAACGUACAACUGAUAAAAUUUAUUUACAAUGGAAUAAUUAG